AUAGACCAUCUGGCCACUCUUAGGCACACACGUGCAUCUCCAGAGGAAUUUUGUUUCAGUUUUGCUCUUCAGUUUUUCUUGCUAAAUAAGUGAAUUAACUAAUUAAAAUGACGAAUACCGCGAAGAAGGAACCACAGGAAAGGGGGAAGCAUCAGGUGCAUAAUGUGCGCUUCUACACGAUAAAACCGCGUGGAAUCGUCAGCUUGGCGUAUAGUAAAUCGAGCAAGUGUCUCGCUUUCAGUCGUGAAACUCCCGUCAUAGAGCUAUGGAACCUGGAGCACACCCCCUACUUAGAUCGUGUAAUCCACCUGCCACCCGACUCACCAGCGGAAUCUUUGGCUUGGGCGGGAAACCGACUGUUUUCCGUGGAUCUCACGGGUAAACUGAUCGAGUGGGAUGUGAUUAAGCUGAAACCACGAUACGAGCACUCACCCACUGGCAAUGCUCUCUGGAGUAUCGACGUGAACCCCGCGGAAACGGAUAUUGCCGUUGGCUCAGAGGAAGGGCACAUUAAUCUGCUGAGCAUCGAGAAUGACGAAAUAACCUAUAAAUCCCUAUUUAACAAGCAAAAAGGUCGCGUUCUCUGCAUCAAGUUUGAUAAGACAGGAACUAAAUUGGUGACCGGCACCGAGGGAUGUGUUCGUAUUUGGAACGUCCUUAAAGGCACCACUCUGCACACAAUGACCCUCUCCGAAAAUAAUGUUAUCGUUUGGUCCCUACAGUUCCUAUCCGAUAAUACGAUUAUUGCUGGCGAUUCGGCAGGAUAUGUAACCGUUUGGAAUGCAGAAAACGCGACACAGAUCAAUUCAACACGAGUUCUGGAUAAAAACGUAUUUGCCCUGGCUGUGAAUAAAAAGGAGGAUCGAUUGGUUUGCAGUGGAAUGCAGCCACCGCUCAUCCGGAUUUUCAGCAAAGCCAAGAUCAAGCGGGAGGAGUCCACCAGCGAGCGUUGGAUUAAAUUUCUGCAGCGCGAUGCCCACAAACACUAUGUAAAAUCCCUCUUGGUUAUCGACGAUCAAAUCUAUUCGGGAGGCUUGGAUGGCAUAUUGACCAUUACCUCCAGUGAACGGAGGCAUGCACAUCUAUCGCAGCAUGCUCCCUUUCUAAAGGGCUCCGUAGCAUCACUGUCAAUCAGUAAAAAGCUUUUGCUUUUACGAUAUCCGAACAGCCUACACCUGUGGCGUCUGGGUUCUGUGGCCCCGCAAACCGAGGACAAGAAGAAACCCUGGGCCCACCCAGUAGGGCAUACGGAGGAAUUACUUUUGGAGCAGCCACCCCAGAAACUCCUCCACCUAAAUGUCAAAGAGCGAAACUUUAUACAGUCUGCUGCCAUUUCACCAGAUGCAAACUGGAUUUGCUACUCCACCUUAAAAGAACUCCGAAUCAGUCGUUUAAAAAGUGAUCCCCUGCAAGUGGAGCGUCUGGUAGACGAUCUUCCUGAGGAACUUCAACCAGCCAGUCAUAUAAUUUUCACAAAGCAGGGAGGUCUAGCGCUCCUCAAUCCGCAGAACAAUCAUCUUAGUUGGUUUAACUUAGAGGAAGAUCGGGUGACAUUCAAAUAUACCAUAGAUUUGAGUGACAAUUGUAAGAAUGCGAUUAACCAUUUGGUUAUAUCUUCGCAUGGCGAUUACAUUGUGGCUGCAAGCUCAGACCACAUAGUAUCGGUUUGGAAACUACAUGGAAAGCAAUACAAGCAUCUGCUAAACCUACCCAGACAUCGAGCAGGUACCACAUCCCUAUCCAUGCACGAAGAUCACCCACGUGUGGUGGUCGCCUACGCCAAUGGAAAGCUGGUGGAAUACGAUUUGGUUAAUCGGAUAUUCACCUGUGAAACUGAUGAGUACCUGAUACCGGAGACAAGGCACUAUUGCAUCAGUGGAAUCAGCCUUGAUCCACAAAAUCCCAAUAUAUUUAUUGUUCACACCGAGACCAAUUUGUAUGUAUUGGAGAGGGAUCAGCAUCUGGAUACAAAGGAGCUUGUGAGAAGCAGCAAGUCCAAAAAGUUAUCAAACGGAAAUUGCUCUUCAGUUGCUGCCGGCUCAAAAGGCUUGAGCCUCAAGACGUUGCUGCCACGACAGCACCUGGUGCACGUGUCUCGCCUGAGCUCUAACGAACUUGUCAACGUCAGCAUUUCGACAAACAAUCUGUUGGCUCCGCUGCCGCCGCCGUACCGGCGGAAGAAAUACGGUGCCUCGUAAAUGGAGCGCCGCAGGAUGAAGUUGAGUGGAGGAACUCCAUCUCCACUUUGGCUUACCCAGUAGUUUCCACUUAGUUACCAAAUAAAAUCAAAAGUAGAAAACAA